AUGUUUACUGGUAAAGCAGUACUUUUAGCAAAUCCAAAUUUUGCAAAGCUUUAUAAAAAAUUAACCACACAAUAUUUGACAUCUAAUGGAGCAACGAAGGAAGUUGCAAAAAAGUUUAAUGAUGAAAGCUUUCUCAGUGAAAAAUCGGAGUAUUUAGAAGCAUUGAUUAUAUAUAAUGGAAUAAAACAAAUGACUUUGGGUUUUAUCAUUUGCAGAAUCAAGACAAUAUUUAAAUUUUCAACCAAAUGA